AUGGCCACUCCAACUCUGAACAGCCAGUCUGCCCUGAUGGUGGAGAUGGAGGCACGCGUACGGCAUGCACUUGAUAGCGCCCUGGAUGCCCGGCCAAAGAAGACCCGGAUGCAGUAUGAGUCGCGCCAGGAGGAGUGGAGGCAUUUCUGCCGGACGAAGGGCUUCCAGGAUGGAGAGCUGGUGACAGAGCAGAAGCUGCUCUGGUUCCUGUCUGAAUGUGUGGUUGGCCGUCCAGCCAAAAGAUCCUGCCAUUCCCGCGACCGUACAAAUGAGAAUGGAGAGCCUGUUGUGCAAACCCUGGACCAAUCAUUUAUCAAGAGCUGUUGUACAAACUCUUACUCUCAUUCAGUUGGCCAGGCCGUCCGGGCCCUGCUUGAAACCCAUUCAAGACAGGAGCAUGAACGCAAGAAGGCAGAGUUUGUGGAUCGCGGCGCAGGAACCCUGCUGGAUGGAUAUCAUGAGAAGGACAUUGUACGGCUGGUUGAGUACUGCUGGCAGGGCUGGUCAGAGUCCAAAAAAGGCCAGUCAGUGGAGCCACAUCUCCGCACUGCAGUGGACUUCCUAAUGGGCCACAGCAUGCUUCUCCGCGGUGAAUCCCGCCGUACGGCACAGCUGGCUGAUCUCUUCACCCUGGAGCUGACAAAUGAAGGCCCAACCCCUUGCUUCCCCAUGGUUUUGAUCAUGGGAAAUGGCAAGACUAACCAGAUGGGCCGGAUUGAGUAUGCCACAGUGAUGCGCCAUCGCAACCCCUUGCUCUGCACCAUGGCACAGACAGCCUUUUACCUCUUCUACCGAUGGGACAUUGUACGAGAGCCACCACCCCAGUUCCACAACCGCCAGGACUGGUACCAGCUGCACCUGAUCAAGGGGGAUGAUGUGAGGAAGCCCCUGUCGUACGAGACCCAGCUGGACUGGAUUCGACGUAUCUACAGUGGGACAGGGCUUUCUGGCCUGAAGAAGACCCAUGCUGGGCGAGCUGCUGGAGCCAGGCAUGCAGAGCAGGUUGGGGUCAGUGAGGGCCAGAUCCGCCGUGCUGGAAGAUGGAACAGUGAUGCCCUCAGCCAGUGCUAUCUGACUAACAUCCCCAGGAAGUUUGUACGGGCCAUGGCUGGCUUUGACUCCCGCACACCUGGGAACUUCUACCUGCCGCGGGCCAGGGUGCCUGUGCCUGAGUCACUGGAGCGCGCUGUCUGGCCCUGGGUUGACGACUGGAUGCGGUGGUUUGAGUCGUACGAUGCCCAGGACCCCAACUCCUGCCUCCAGGGGCCAGAGCUGAGAAGAUUUUCAGAUCAGAGUGGUCCUUGGGACCAGCCCAGGGGACCUUCUGCUGUGCGGCUGGAUAGGGAUGAUCUGGCUGCUCAAGGGUUUCUACGCCUGCUCCAUCAUCUCCGUACGGUCCUCCUGCAGGACUCUGUCAUCCUUCAGCCUCUCUUCCCCGGCCACCCCCUGUGGACCAGCCCUGUGUUCAUGAGGGAGGACUAUCGUCAGUUUGCAGAGGCAGUCCGGGUGGCCAACACCCACAAAGAGGAGCCGUACGAAAUGCAGCUGCAGCAGACAGUGCCCAUGGUGGCAGAUCAGCUGUGCAUUGUACAGCAGGAUCUGGGUGUGGCCUGUGGUCAUUUACAUACUGCCCUGGAAACAGGACUGCAAAAAAUUAACAACCAGUUAGAAGCACUGACCAGUGGGCAGGUUUCUUUUCUUGUACAAGCAUUUCCUGCUGGUCAAAGAAUGAUGACAGCAGCUGCUGCCUUUGAAGAUAAAGAUGAAGAGAGAGACAGUGGUUCUACAGCAUCCAGAGAAGCACAAGCCCCAGCCUGUUCAUUAGAGAUAGCUCCAGCCUCUGCUAGUGCCUCUGUUCCAGCCACAUACCAGCUUUCUCGUACAAUCACUACAGUCCCAGAUCUGUGGCAGGAAUGGACAGUUGGUCUGGGGGGUGGCCCUUCAGUACAGAGUCUAGAUGCCUUGUACGGAGCAAAAUGGCGGCCAGGUGGCACAGAGAGAAUGUUCUACAGCAGAAGAAAGGUGAUCAUUGAUUAUAUUAACAGACAGAGACAGGGGAGUGCCAGUGGCAGUGCUGCUGUAGAGGAACUAGAGCUUGUACGGCAGCGUGGGAAGCUCAGUUUGAACAGACUAUCCAGAAUGCUGCGAGUGAAAAAGAAACUGCCCUGA